GUUAGUUAAAAAUUAAAAACCGCAAUUAUUCAGUCGCACGUACACUCUAAAAACAUGUUUUAAAUAGAGCGCUUUAUGACCCUCAUUUCAUCUGGCACAUAUACUGCUGUAAUACACUCCCAGUCAGACUCUCAAGAUCGUAGAAAUCACUUGAUCUAUAGGUCUGAUCAAUCUAUCUCCAUUCCGUAUUAUAACACAAAUGUCAAGAAGUUAUACAGAGCUCGUCCCCCAGUUUCCGAUGCAUUUUGACGAGAUCAUAACACCAACUUUAUUUUCAGCGGUGCAUAAAUUAAUUACACGCAUUUAAUAACUAAAAUAUCAUUAUAUUCCCCUCUUAAUAUCAUAAACGUUCUACGCCAGGGAAGCACUUAAUAGUGCAGGGGGCCAUAACAGGCUAUUAUACUUGUGUAAUGCUAUUAGAGAACCAAUUAUGCACCAUUACACUUGCUUUUUUGCAGUUUAUGUGAUUUCAUCCAAUACCGUCCUGCACUUCAAAAUUUCAGCUGCUACUCGGAGCCUCAUUUCCAGCAGCAGAGGAGCGGCGGUGUCUGCGCGCGGCGUCCCGCGUGCGUUUUAAAAGUAAUUGAAAGGGUCCCGCUGCAUAUCAUUUAUGCGAGAGUGGGAAAUAAAUCCUUGGACCCCUUGCUGUGAACAAAAUCAAAAUUUGGACCUGCGAGCGCGCAGCCAGUGGAUUCUCGUAUAAAGUGGACCCCUAACCCAUAUAAUGAGCAAUUACUGGUCUGACAGCCAAUUUUAAAUUCAAAAACAGUCAUCUAGAUUUUUAAUAUAAAAAGCAACUGUGUAAAAAAAAGUGCAUCGUGGUUGUGCCCGUGUGUUUGUGAUUUGGGAAUAUGCAUGCAUUGAGCUAAAGUUACACUUUCAAAGUAUGAAUGCCUUAGAGGAUUUUGACGUUUCCACCACGUGCACAAUCCGGUUGGCCGCGGAGAACCUAUCCAAAUGACUUGAAAACGAAAAUUUGAUUAAUUGCAAUUACGUGGGAGAUUAUAAAGGCGAGUGUUGUCAUGCUCUAAACAGUCACAGAGACAUCUGGUCACUCCCUCCUUACGCGCGCGCGCGAGCGGAUAAACUGAAGCGCUCAGUGAUUGACGGUGGAGUGCGAUUGCUCUGCUGAGGUUGAGCUGGAGACACGAGAAUCGCGAUUGCAUAUUUCGUCUGUUGGUACAUUUGCUUUUUACUUUAUCUAAUUCAAAUCGGUUGCAGAAACGUAUCGGUAUUGUUCAAAGUUGUCUUUUUAAGACGCAUGCGAUUGCAGUAAUAGUUGGCGAACAUCUCGCUGACGCUUAGCCAUUUUUUUUUCUUUGCAGAGUGAAAUAUUCUCUCCACUCGCAAAGCACCGGGAAACAUGUUUUACUUUCACUGUCCACCACAGUUAGAAGGAGAGUGCUGCAGGACCAACACAUUGAACACAAAUGGGUUUGGGAAUCACGCCUCUGGAGACUUUGAUGACGGUUUUCUGCGCAGAAAACAACGCAGAAACAGGACAACCUUCACUUUACAACAGUUGGAGGCUUUGGAGGCGGUUUUUGCACAGACCCACUAUCCAGACGUGUUUACGAGAGAAGAGCUGGCUAUGAAAAUCAACCUAACAGAGGCUCGCGUCCAGGUGUGGUUCCAAAACCGAAGAGCAAAGUGGAGGAAAACAGAGAGAGGAACUUCAGACCAGGAGGGUAGCAAAGAACAAAUAAAUGACGGCACCCCUCCUGCACGCAACCUCAACCAGUCUCCUGUUGACCACAGCAGAAAUAAGAAAGAAUCAAUGGAACUACAGCAGAAUAUUAACAGAGUGGUGGGUUCAGGCGGACCUUUUUUCCCAUCUUGUCUGCCCGGGACUCUGCUGAACACAGCCACUUACGCACAAGCCCUUUCACAAGUGGCAACUUUAAAAGGAAGUCCAUUGUGUUCCUGCUGUGUGCCUGACCCAAUGGGCCUCUCCUUCCUGCCACCAUAUGGGUGCCAGAGUAACCGGACGGCUAGUGUCGCAGCCCUGCGGAUGAAAGCCAGGGAACAUUCAGAGGCGGUGCUGCAGUCAGCCAACCUGCUGGGGGCAGGGUCUACAGCCGGGCCCGGAGCAGUUCCAGGGGUCGGGCUGGGCCAAAGCACUGUUUCUGCGGGAGGAAGCAAUUCCAGUCCUAACUCUGGUACCUCUAAGAUCACAUCACUACGGAGAACUCCAGACAAACAUCUGCACUGCCAAAAGGAGGGUCCGGAUAAGAAAUGAAGGAGUCUUGUUUUUUAAUUUUUUCCUAAUUUGAGGACACGCUUUGGAUGAAGGAUUUAUAAUUAAACAGUGAAUGCCUGCUGCCUCUUUUUUGAGAGCACUGACAUACCUGGCACAGGACGGUGUAAAGUGCAAUCCCUUGUUGUGUAUUUUGUGUGUGUGUGUCAAACUAUUAAUUCAACUGUAAUUUUUCCUCUCCUCGUUCACUUUUAAUCAUGAUUCUUGCCAUUGGUUUUCCCUUUUCGGGUGUAUGUGGACGCCUGGCACUUAAUUUCGGUUUUUGUGGCGGAAUGACUUUUGAACGUGCUGUGUGGUAAAAGAAAACUCCCUGGUUGCCAAUGUGAACGUUUUUAAUUUUUCACAAUCCACUUUGAUGUUUGACUUGUGUACUGUGAAGUCAGGUGAUGAUAGACAUACUGCUUUGUGUCAAGAUAUAUGCCAUGCUGAAAUAUAAAUGUACUAUUGUGAAAUAAUAUAUGUAAGAUAAUAUCAAGGACAGAACUGUAUAUUAAGUGUUAAGUUUGUCAUGUUUUAUGAUAUGAUCCGGGUAACUCCGAUUCAUACUGAUGUGAUGGCAACUGACAUCUCUCUUGUCAUUGCAUCUGUACGUCCAUGAUAGACUGCAAGAGUUCAGACACUGGUCCUGUUUUGACAUGUUCUAUAAAAUAAUUAAACAUGUAGGCAAUCAUGUACAUCUCCUGUUGCCUAUUG